AUUUCCUGCGGGUGGCUCGCAGCGACGGGCUGGGCGCUGCCGCCGCCGCCGCCGCUGCCGCCGCGGGCAUGGCCAAGCCGGCGGACCACGUGAAGCGGCCCAUGAACGCCUUCAUGGUCUGGUCGCGGGCGCAGCGGCGCAAGAUGGCCCAGGAGAACCCCAAGAUGCACAACUCGGAGAUCUCCAAGCGGCUGGGCGCCGAGUGGAAGCUGCUGAGCGAGGCCGAGAAGCGGCCCUUCAUCGACGAGGCCAAGCGCCUGCGGGCCAUGCACAUGAAGGAGCAUCCGGACUACAAGUACCGGCCGCGGAGGAAACCCAAGACGCUCCUCAAGAAGGACAAGUUCGCCUUCCCGGUGGUCUCCUACGGCUUGUCCGACGUCGGCGACCCCCACGUCCACCCCCUCGGGCCGCAUCACCCGGCGCUCAAAGCCGGCGCCCUCCACGGCCACGAAGCCCUCCUGUCCAACCCGGAGAAAGCCGCCGCUGCCGCUGCGGCUGCCCGCGUCUUCUUUCCUCCCUCCGCUGCGGCGGCUGCAGCGGCGGCCGCAGCCGCGGCUGCGGGCAGCCCUUACUCGCUGCUCGACCUGGGCUCAAAGAUGGCAGAGAUCUCGUCCUCGGCGGGCUCCGGCGGCGGUUCAGCGGCUGGACUGCCCUACGCCGCCUCCUCGCUGGCUUACCCGACGGCUGGAGGCGCUUUCCAUGCCGCCGCAGCUGCAGCGGCCGCCGCCGCGGCCAACGGAGGCCACAGUCAUUCGCACCCGUCCCCCGGCAACCCCGGCUACAUGAUCCCCUGCAACUGCAGCGGCUGGCCCAGCCCGGGACUCCAGCCGCCCCUGGCCUACAUCCUGCUGCCUGGCAUGGGCAAACCUCAACUGGACCCUUACCCGGCGGCGGCCUACGCCGCGGCCCUAUGACAAUCAGCCCCCUGAUGAGGAGCCCGGGGCCGAGAAGAGCUGGGCGGCCCUCGCGGGGCCCGGACUGCAGGCGCAAGGAGAGAGCGCAGGCCGUCAGUCCUGCCUGGCUCCCCGCGAGAAACCCGCAGCCUGGCGCUUGGCUCGCCCUCUCUGCAGCUCCUGAGACGGGAACCCACGUCGGUGAUCUCCCGGCUUAACUCCCCGCUACGGCUGGAGGGGCCUAGAAGUCGCUGCUUCCUCGAUCUUUCCUUUCCGGGAAGAUCCCGCCUUGCCAACCGCAAGACCCGCUUCCGACGACCUUGGGUGUUGCUUUGCUUUCCGUUCCAUGAUCCCCCACCCCCCCACAUGCCCGCUUUCGUCUCCUCUCUCCUUCGCUCCCCCCCCC